AUGUUCGAAGGCCGUCAUGCCGCUGACCGCUAUCACCUGCGUCUUCACCGCGCACGCUCAGUCAUCCUCACACCUGCUGAGAUGGUAGAGAUCCGCGCAGCGCAGCGAACAUUCGAAGGAGCCUACAUUCGGACCGCCAUCGGACAGUUUUCGUUUGCACUCAUCGUGCUCAAGAUCUUUACAGCCGAGUUCUACUCCAUUGGCGCGCUGUUUGCAGUGUAUGGAGCAGGCAUUCUGUUCAUCAGCUUGUUCAGGCGACAGCAAGGCAACAAGCAGUUCUUCUCUGAAGUAGGUGAGGAUGGUCUCCAUAGAAAGAAAUUCAGAACGAGCGGCAAUGUGGUGAGCGUGCUGACUGCGCUGAGUAUCUCGGCGUACAUCUGCUUGCUGGUGCUCACGCUGCGGCUCGAAACUUGA